UCUCCUCUCCCUAGUCAGUCCCCGUGCCUUUCUGGUUAUCUUAUUCUCGUGUAUUUACCCCUAGCCCUGUCUCCGAGACAUGGCGGGGGCCCGGCCAGGGGUACAUUCCCUCCAGCUCGAGCCUGUCCAGGUUCCCAAUACCCUCCUCCGGGGCAGCAAGUUCAUCAAGUGGGAUGAGGAAUCCAGCAACAAGACCCUGGUGACAUUGCGUGUGGACCCCAUGGGGUUUUACCUCUACUGGACCUGUCCAAACAUGGAAGUUGACAUUCUGGAUAUCAGCUCAAUAAGGGACACACGGACAGGAAAAUAUGCUAAAAUACCAAAGGAUACUCGAAUGAAGGAGACUCUUGGCUUUACCGGGAAUGAGCUACGUCCGGAGGAUAAACUUGUUACUGUUGUUUAUGGCAGUGACAUUGUUAAUGUCAACUUCCUUAAUUUUAUGGCUGUGCAGGAGGACACAGCAAAGAUCUGGACAGAAGAACUUUUUAAAUUGGCGACCAAUAUUCUGGCUCACAAUUCCUCCCGGAACACCUUCCUGCAAAAAGCAUACACAAAACUUAAGCUUCAGGUGAAUCAGGACGGGAGAAUACCAGUGAAAAAUAUCUUAAAGAUGUUUGCCGCUGAUAAGAAGAGAGUUGAGACAGCACUGGAAUCCUGUGGACUAAACUUUAACCGAGGAGAGUCUAUAAAGCCAGAAGAGUUUACGCAUGAGAUCUUCGAGCGAUUCCUGAAUAAGUUGUGCCUCCGGCCAGACAUUGAUAAAAUCCUACUGGAGCUUGGUGCAAAAGGGAAGCCGUACUUGACUCUGGAACAGUUAAUGGAUUUCAUAAAUCAGAAACAGAGAGACCCUCGACUCAAUGAGAUUCUUUUCCCUCCGUUGAAGAGAGACCAGGUGCGCCAGCUCAUUGAAAAGUAUGAGUCCAACCAACAGUUCCUAGAGAGAGACCAGAUCUCCAUGGAAGGCUUCAGUAGAUUCCUUGGUGGUGAUGAGAAUAGCAUUGUUCCUCCAGAGGCCCUUGAUCUGAGUGAUGAUAUGACCCAGCCAUUGACAAGCUACUUUAUCAACUCAUCCCAUAACACAUACCUCACAGCUGGCCAACUAACAGGUAACUCCUCAGUGGAGAUGUACAGACAGGUGCUUCUCACAGGUUGUCGCUGUAUAGAGCUGGACUGCUGGAAGGGACGUCCCCAGGAUGAAGAGCCCUUCAUAACCCAUGGAUUCACCAUGACCACUGAAAUCCCUUUUAAGGAAGUUAUUGAAGCAAUAGCGGAAAGUGCAUUUAAAACCUCUCUCUUCCCUGUAAUUUUGUCAUUUGAAAAUCAUGUUGACUCAGCGAAGCAGCAAGCAAAAAUGGCAGAGUACUGCAGGACAAUCUUUGGAGAUGCUCUGUUAACAGAACCCUUAGAUAAAUAUCCGCUGCAGCCAGGCGUUCCCCUCCCAAGCCCCCAUGAACUAAUGGGAAAGAUCCUUGUGAAGAAUAAAAAGAGGCACAGAGGGGGAGGGAAAGGAACAGAAGGAAGUGUAAAGAGAAGAGUCAGCGAACAACCAUCCAACACCUAUAGCGAUUCCUCCAGCGUGUGUGACUCACCUGCAGUAGGUAACCAGACCUCUGAUUUGGCUGAUGUGCCAUUGACGCUUUCCAAUGGAGAGGAAAAAAUUGAUGAGAAACUCCCUAAGUAUACAGAGCCACGGAAGUCCAUUGACCGUGAUGCUUAUAGUGAGGAGGAGGAGGAUGAAGAGCCUUCUGAUCCCAAAAAAUCAGAUGAGGGGACAGCAAGCAGUGAAGUUAAUGCCACAGAGGAAAUGUCCAACCUUGUCAAUUAUGUGGAACCAGUUAAAUUCAAGUCAUUUGAUUUGGCCAACAAGAGGAAUAAGUAUUACGAGAUGUCUUCGUUUGUUGAAACUAAGGCACUGGAGCAGCUCACUAAAUCUCCCAUGGAGUUUGUGGAAUAUAACAAGAAGCAGCUGAGUCGCAUCUACCCCAAAGGAACACGGGUGGAUUCAUCAAAUUACAUGCCCCAGGUUUUCUGGAAUGCAGGAUGUCAAAUGGUGGCAUUAAAUUUUCAAACACAGGAUCUCCCAAUGCAGCUGAACAUGGGAAUAUUUGAGUAUAAUCGUCGCAGUGGGUACCUCCUGAAACCAGAGUUUAUGCGCAGGACUGAUAAGCAAUUUGAUCCGUUUACUGAAAAUAUUGUUGAUGGAAUUGUGGCAAAUACGGUGAAAAUAAAGAUUAUCUCUGGGCAGUUUCUGUCUGAUAAGCGUGUUGGAAUAUAUGUAGAGGUUGAUAUGUUUGGUUUGCCAGUUGACACCAAGAGAAAGUUUCGAACAAAAACCUCCCAGGGAAACUCUUUCAACCCUGUGUGGGAUGAGGAACCUUUUAUAUUCCAUAAGGUGGUACUACCCACUCUGGCCUCUCUUCGAAUUGCUGUUUUUGAAGAGGGUGGGAAGUUUGUGGGUCACAGAAUUCUGCCUGUGUCUGGAAUUCGACCAGGAUAUCAUUACAUCUGUCUCAGGAAUGAGACUAAUCAGCCUCUGUGUCUGCCAGCCCUGCUUGUUUACACUGAAGCUAAUGAUUAUAUUCCAGAUGACCACCAAGAUUAUGCCUUUGCUCUCACCAAUCCUAUUAAACAUGUUAGUUUGGAUCAGAGAGCCAAGCAACUGAUGGCUUUGAUUGGAGAUAGUGAGCAAGCCAACAACGCAGAGAAAACAUCAGGGAACCUGAAGCCAGAGACCCCAUCCAUGUCUCCACAGGUUUCCCCAGGGAACAAGAUGAUGUCCUCUACACCUGUGUCACCCCCUGGUAUGAUAGUUCACCGUGAUGACAUCAUUGCAAGCAUACUAACAGAUGUUCAAGCACCUUCCCUGGAGGAACUGAAGUUGCAAAAGAGCUUUGUUAAAUUGCUGUGCCGUCAGUACCGGGAAUUGCGUCAUCUACUCCGCAAGCACCAGCGCAAGAUCUCUUCUCUGUGCAAGGAACAGAGCUCCAGACUCUCACAGCUGCAGAACAUUCGCAAGAGGAAAAGCCUAACACGCAGCCUCAAGGGGGGGCGACAUUUGAAUUUGGAGCAAGAUGAGGAGCACCAGAAAAAGUUGGUGGAACUGCAGGCAGAGCAGCAGAUGCACCUCUUAGAGAUGAGGGAAAGUCAACAUGAGCAAGAAUGCAAAAUUAAAUAUGCUCACCAACAGCAGUCUGUUCAGAAACUCCAAGAGGUUGCUCGUGCCUGUCAUUCUUCUCAGCUCAAGAAGUUGAAAGAGAUCAAUGAAAAGGAGAAGAAGGAAUUGCAGAAGAUACUUGACAGAAAACGACAUAAUAGUAUAACUGAAGCCAAAUCUCGGGACAGACACAAAAAGGAUGUAGAACUGACAGAAAUCAAUCGACGCCAUAUUAAUGAGUCUGUGAACUUCAUACGUAGGUUAGAGGAAGCCCAGAAAAGACGUCUGGAGAAGUUACUAACUGCUCAUCAGGAUACUCUACAAAAGAUAAAGGAUGAGGAACCAAAGCUUUUGGCCCAGUUGGAGAAAGAAUGCCAAGCUGAGUUUCGCCAACUACCCCAGGAAGUACGGCGGUACUUGCAAGAAGAGGGAGGCUGGGGUGGUUCAGGGCCUCCCUCCUCCUCCCACAGCACUCCUUCCUCCAUAGCUAGAGGCUGUAGGUCAGAGAGUGGUGAGGGGGAUUAUGCACAGACCCCCGACGACUCGAGUGAUGAAUCUACCAGGCUUUGACCUCCAAACAUCUAGAACUGAUACUCUCUAAUAAAUUCAGACCACCCUAUCUAUUCAUAAAGUACAAAGGAUGAGGCACCGCCAAUAAAGUUACACAAAUAUUUUUAAUGAGCCCCCUGGUGAAGCAAAGCUCUCAACACGGACAAGUCUUCACAAAAUAAAUUAUGUUUUAAUGAACUUAGAGUGAAUAGGGACUUAAAUCCCUGAAGACGAUCAGAAAUCUAGCGUUCCAAUCAUUAUCAUGGCCUGAAAAUGAUGUAUAUUCACUGAUGGGAUAAGAAGACUGACGCUGUUGUGUGUGUGUGUGUGUACAUGAAUGAUGUGCAGAUGAAUGUGCAGAUGUGUGUGGCAGUUUGUAUGUUAAUGUGUUUGUCUUUCUCUGAUUCAUUGAUUGUCACAGUCUUCUGAUAACAUUGUAUAUUUUUACUCACAUUUUAUUUCUUCAAUAAAAUGGUAAGAAAUCCAA